UUAUCCGGGUCACGCCAUUUCAAACGAGUUUAUUAAUCGGAGAGAUCGCCUUAUGUACACUCAGUUCGUUAAGAAACUUCGAUUAGUAUCGUAUUGUAUAAAAAAUGGCUCCUAUUUUGUAUACUGUAGAUCCGAGUCCACCGUGUAGGGCUGUUUACAUGACCGCGAAAGCAAUUGGGAUCGAAUUAGAACAUAAAAUUAUCGAUAUUCUUAAAAACGAACAAUUAGAUCCAUCGUUUAUUAAGAUAAAUCCAAGGCACACAGUUCCAACUUUAAUCGAUGAUAACUUGGUGUUAACCGAUAGUCACGCUAUUACAACGUAUUUAACGUCGAAAUACGCUAAAGAUGAUGGGUUAUACCCGAAAGAUUUGGCUAAAAGGGCUUUGAUUGAUCAAAUGUUGCAUUUUGAUAGCAGCGUGACUUUUCCAGCUCUAUUAAAUAUUGGUAUCCCCCUACGUUUAAAAUUAACCAACGAUAUUUCUCAAGAUAAAGUAAUCAAAGUCCAAGAAGGAUACUCAUUUUUAGAGAAAUACCUUGACGGUAAAAAAUGGGUUGCUUUAGAUUAUCCAACAUUAGCCGAUAUCCAUUUAGUAUCAACGAUUACAAGUUGUUCGUUCUUCGUUCCAAUCGGUGAUCAUCCAAACAUUUUAGCUUGGAUUCAACGGGCUCAAAAAGAAGACUUUUAUAGCGAAAACGUUAAAGGAUUAAAAGAUUUUAACGAUUUAUUUCAAGGAUUUCUUAACUGUUUAAAAUCUCAUUUUGAUUUUAUUGGUCGCCCUAAAAUGUCUCUCGUGCUUUAUACUUUAGAUGUUAGCCCACCGUGUAGAGCGGUUUAUAUGGUUGCUAAAGAAAUUGGGGUUGAUUUAAAACACAAAAUUAUUAAUGUUGUUAAUAAAGAACAAUAUAAUGAGGAAUAUAUUAAGAUUAACCCAAAGCAUACAAUCCCAACUUUAAUUGAUGGGGAUUUAAUUUUAAACGAUAGCCAUGCUAUUACUUCAUAUUUAGUAGCUAAAUACUCCAAAAACGAUUUUUUAUACCCAAAAGAUGUUGCUAAAAAAGCUCUAAUCGAUCAAAUGUUACAUUUCGAUAGUGGUGUUAUGUUUGCGGCUUUAGCCCAGAUUACAAAAUCGUUGAUUUUUGAGCCUAAGAAAGGAAUUUCACCCGAACACAUUACUUUCGCUGAAACGGCUUAUGAUUUUUUAGAAAAAUAUUUAGAAGGAAAAGAUUGGGUUGCAACAAAUCAACAUACAAUAGCCGAUUUGCACUUAAUCGCCACAGUUAUGUCGUUAAAUUUGGUAGUUUCUUAUAAAGGACGUGAAAAUAUUAAGAAUUGGGUUGAGAGAUGUAAAAAUCUUGCUUGUUACAGCGAAAACGUCAAAGGGUAUCAAGAUAAUGUCGAUUUAUUUUCAGCUAUUACGAAGCAAUGAUGUGUUAAUUAAAUAAAUUUUUAUGAUAAUCUAAAUAAACAUUAAAAUAAAA